AUAUGUACCGACAAGUCGCAGACGUGCCGGUACAGCUUGCCCAAAGGCACGUCGGUGGAGAUCAGCCGAAAUGCCCCGACCACUGAGCGAUUCAAGACGGCCGCAUCGGAGGGCAUUAUCCACCGAUUCAAUUCAACGACACAAACAUACAUAUCCGUUUUCGACGUCCUGUGGGUCAGGAAAAGCAAGCGAGAGACGAAAAGUGUUGCUCAGGAAUGCGCCCUGUGGUUCUGCAUGAAGAGCUUCGACUUCAAUAUCACCGAGGGCCACCUUAAGCAAAAUAUCACCUGUCGUUGGCCCACGACGCGGUUUGAACUGAGCAACAGCGCGCACGGGGACGAAUACGUAUUUGUCGAUAUCCCAAAACCCAUGCACACUGCACCAGAAUCAAGAUACAGCGUCUCCAAAAAAGCAUUGGUUGCGCUGCGGAGGUUCGUAGACCCGCUUGUCGAGACAACGUACGAGAAGCAGAACACGACCAUCAACUUUUCGUCAGUUUGGGCCGAAGGGAUCUACAACGCGAGAGAAAAACUGCCGGAAUGGAUUGACCGAUUUAGCAUCAGUCUGACGAAUGAGGUACGACUCCACGGCGAAGUUCGGGGCAAGGACCGACAUCGAUAUACCGGACGUGCGUAUGUGGAGGUUCAGGUCAUUGUCGUAGAC